GUCGCACAAAGUAAUCAUCAUACACAUUCAUCGCGUGAACGACGAUCUGGGAUCGGCGCCGCCGUUCAACGCUGCGUCCUCAGAAAUCUACACCCUCCUCCCAUGCUUGCAUGCCCCCCUUCUGGUGCGAUCCGAACCCCAGGUACCGGCUUCUUCCCGUCACGUUUCAACUGUCUCUUACAUUGCCAACCUCUGCCAUCGUCAUUGAGGGACGCCCUUACUUACUCCCAUCAGCAACCCGAGAAAGAUGUCGCUGGUGGACCCAGCUCAGGUGCUCUGUAACACGCCUUUGCCUGGCGUAUAUGCGCCGUUGCAGAAAGCCUGACUCCAACUGUUGGCAUCGUCUGCGAACCGCACCACCUUUGUGCCCGAACCAAGUGCGGCAGUCCCAUGAAGACAAAAUUGACCGAACAACAAGUGUGCCAUUCUUUUGACAGCGGGCCGCAUGCCACCUCAAAAAAUGAAUUCUUCUUCAUCUCUCAAUCGUGUAAACAUCAUCAUCAACACUCAACCUCAAAAAAACCUCACUAUCAAGAUAGGGGGCGCGUGCGUGCAUCAAUAGUGAAAACCGUAUCUCGUUAUUUUUCUUCAACACACAUGACCAGGAGCCAUGCAGUCUGGUCUCC